CUGCCCGGGGCUUCACCCUCCAUCGCCCUCACCGUCGGGCUCUCAGCCAUCCGCAUCAAGAAACCCAUCAAGACCAAAUUCCGGCUGCCCGUGUUCAACUGGACGGCGCUGAAGCCCAGCCAGAUCAGCGGCACGGUGUUCAGCGAGCUGGACGACGAGCGUGUGCUGGAGGAUUUAGACCUGGAACGUUUCGAGGAGCUGUUCAAGACCAAAGCGCAGGGCCCGGCGUUGGACCUGGUGUGCGCCAAGAGCAAAGCGGCGCAAAAAGUGGCCACCAAGGUGACGCUGCUGGAAGCCAACCGCGCCAAGAACUUGGCCAUCACCCUGCGCAAGGCCGGCCGCAGCGCCGACGAGAUCUGCAGGGCCAUCCACACGUUCGACCUGGCGAYGCUGCCGGUGGAUUUCGUGGAGUGCCUGAUGCGCUUCCUGCCCACGGAGGCGGAGGCCAAGGCGCUGCGGCAGUACGAGCGCGAGAGGAAGCCGCUGGAGGAGCUGGCCGACGAGGAUCGCUUCAUGCUGCAGUUCAGCAAGGUGGAGCGGCUGCCGCAGCGCAUGGCCAUCAUGGCCUUCCUCGGCAACUUCGCCGAGAAUAUCCAGAUGUUGACACCGCAGCUCAAUGCCAUCAUCGCGGCCUCGGCCUCUGUGAAGUCGUCCCAGAAGCUGAAGCACAUGUUGGAGAUCAUCCUGGCGCUGGGCAACUACAUGAACAGCAGCAAACGCGGUGCAGUCUACGGCUUCAAACUGCAGAGCCUGGACCUGCUCCUGGACACCAAAUCGACCGACAGGAAGAUGACGCUGCUGCACUUYAUCGCGCUGACGGUGCGGGAGAAAUACCCGGAGCUGGCGACUUUCUGGCAGGAGCUGCACUUUGUGGAGAAAGCUGCGGCAGUGUCCCUGGAGAACGUGCUGCUGGACGUGAAGGAGCUGGGCAGGGGGAUGGAGCUGCUGCGGCGGGAGUGCGGGCAGCACGAGAGCGCGGUGCUGCGCGGAUUCCUGGGCAGCAGCGAGGGGCAGCUCGAGCGGCUGCAGCGCGACGCACGCACGGCCGAGGACGCCUACAACACCGUGGUGCGGUAUUUCGGCGAGAGCCCCAAGACGACCCCGCCRUCCGUUUUCUUCCCGGUGUUUGUCCGAUUCAUCCACUCUUACAAGGUGAGGUGGGGCCGGGAGGGGGUACAUGGCAGGUUUGGGGAAAGCUGGCACCCCUCACCUGUUGUAGUGGUUUGAAUGAUUUUAA